AGUGCAGUACUGGACUGACAACUGGCACGGAAUAGGAUUGUAUGUUUGUAUACAUCAGGGGUUCUCUUCAAUAUCCAUUCUGAAAGAAAGAUGUUUGACCGCUUUGGGGUCACCACAUAGGAUUUUAUUUGUGAUGGAUCCAGAUGAGCCAUUUUUGACUUUUUAAUUUCCUUUCUGGAUUCUCAAUCAAAUAUUUUCCUGGAAUUACCGGGUCGCUUUUUGAUCAUUUUUAGGCACUGUCAAGUACUUUAUUAACAUUGUGUUAUCUCACAGCCUAUGCUUCAUUUGUGUUUUUCAGGAUUUUUUCUCGCAAUGUUGCCCUUCUUGCUAUUUUUGUUCCUCAUUUUUCCUAUGGCUCUCUUGGCGGCUGCACAAAGCGCUGUUGACCUGCAGGGCAUCACCUUCCCAAGUGGAGGCGUAGCAUUCAAUCCUGGAGACCCCUGCAUGGUGGUGUCUCCACCAUGCUUGAGCGAUGCUGAUCGUUUCAGCUUGGAGGCCCUGCAGAGCAUCCAUCAGAUGAUGGACGAUGACAAGGAUGGAGGGAUUGAAGUGGAGGAGAGCGUGGAGUUCAUUAUUGAAGACAUGAAGCAGCAGCAGACCAACAAACAUAGCAACCUGCACAGGGAGGACCAGCACAUAACAGUAGAGGAGCUAUGGAAAGGCUGGAAGUCCUCUGAAGUCCAUAAUUGGACCCAGGACGAUGUCAUCCGCUGGCUCAGAGAGUUUGUUGAGUUGCCGCAGUAUGAGAGAAACUUUAAAGAUUUCAAAGUCAAUGGAAAUACACUGCCAAGAAUUGCAGCCAAUGAGCCAUCCUUCCUGAGCAGCCACCUGAGAGUUCAGGACCAGAGAGACAAACAAAAGCUCAACAUCAAAGCUCUUGAUGUAGUCCUGUUUGGACCACCAACACGCCCCCCUCACAAUUACAUGAAGGACCUGCUGCUAAUUGUAUCCGUGGUGAUGGGAGUUGGGGGAUGCUGGUUUGCUCAGGCCCAGAACAAAGCCAGCAAGAUCCACAUCACCAAGAUGAUGAAGGAUCUGGAGAGUCUGCAAAGAGCUGAACAAAGCCUGCUAGACCUGCAGGAACAAUUGGAGCGAGCCCAGGAGGAGAAACGCAAUGUGGCAGAGGAGAAACAAAACCUGGAGGAGAAGAUGAGGGAUGAGAUCAUGGGUGCACAAGAGGAAGCCCACCGCCUGCAGGAGUUGAGGCAGGGAGCCGUCAGUGAGCUUAGCCGUCUCCGAUAUGCAGAGGAAGAACUUGUGCAGGUCCGCGGGGCAUUGAAGCAGGCUGAGAAGGACAUGCAGGCCAGUUGGACUGCCUCAGAAGCCCUUCAGCAGUGGCUGCAGUUGACACAUGAAGUAGAGGUCCAGUACUACAACGUCAAGAAGCACAGUGCUGAAUUGCAGCUUGCGACGGCCAAAGAAGAGGCAGAAAGGAUUAAGAAGAAGAGAAGCUCUGUUCUUGGGACUCUCCAUGUGGCCCACAGUUCUUCUUUAGACCAGGUAGACCACAAGAUCCUGGAGGCAAAGAAUGCUUUGUCAGAGGUAACAGCAUGCCUACGGGAGCGGCUCCAUCGCUGGCAACAAAUCGAACGCAUCUGCGGCUUCCCUGUCAUCAGGAAUCCCGGCCUUACGAACCUCACCGCUCAGCUGUAUUCGGAUUCAAUCACUCUGGGUUUGCCUCGAUUACCUCAGUCAUCUUGUUUGUGCCACACCUCUGUUCAUGGGUCCAUCGAGGAUCUGUUGGAAGAGUCUCCAGCCGCAAUACUUUCACAAAUUCCAGGUGCUCCACUUAAGCGUUCUCCUCGAACACGGGCUUCCACUAUACGCCGAACACGCCGUCAUGGCAUUACACAACCACCAACCCCCAUGAUCUCAGCAGACCCCGACCUUCUCAUUCAGAUUCGAGCUCCUUACUCUUGUUUUGAUGAAGAUGACGGACUCUUCCGUAAAACGAUAAAGAAACAAGACUCCCAGGAAAGAUUCUCAGAUUCAGACUAUACGACUUCACCUCCUCAUAGCAAAACGUGCCCAUGUCCCACUGCUGAGGGCUCCUCUCACAGGCUCUAUCAUGAUGAAACGGAGCUGCUUGCAGAGAGCUCUACAGCAGCAAUGCCUUUGAAUAAGGAAGUGGAAGCUGAUAUUGAAUCUCCAAGUCGCAAGAUUUAUAUGGCAGAACUUGAAAGUCUUGAAAGGAAGAUAGUGAAAGAAGGUUUGGACAGUUCUGUAGAAAAUUCUCCUCCAAUGAUGUCAAAAGAUGAAUCUGUAUUGGAGGCUCCACCAAGGAAAUCAUCCAGAGAUAGGAGCGAAGUUCCAGAGGAUUUUAGCAUUCGAAAGGUCUCAUCUAAUGAAUUUGAUUCAGAAUAUUCCUCACGGAAAGUAGACCGAGGACCAAUGGAGGAAGUUCUAGACAAUCCUUCAAGGUGUGUUCCCAGAGAUCGGAGUGAUUUACCACUGGAUGUCAGAAAGAUUCUUUGGAAUGAAGUAGAAGCAUCAGAUUUUAGGCAUAAGAAGUUAUCCAAAGGUAUGAUGGGGGCUUCAAUAGACAGUGUCUCAAGAAAGAUGGCACUAGAGGGUUCUGAGUUUCCUUUUGACUUACUAUCAAGAAGGAUUGCAAGAGAUUCAAUGGGAAUGUCUUUGGACGGAGGAGCUCGGAAGCUUGAUUCCUCUCUCCGGGGAAUAGCCAAAGAUAAGAUGUUUGAGGUAACUCACUCAAGGAAGAGCUCUCAAGGUGAGUGUUGUGUAGAUACAGCUUCUAUGAAGACUUUACCCAGAGAGGAACCAGAAGAAUGUAUGGCUCACACAUCUUCAGCAGAGUUGGGUUCAGAACCAUCAAUCAGUAAAAGAAUAUAUAAAGAGGAACGCGAGGUACCUCCCAGAAAGAGAACAACACAAACGUCAAGAGAAGAUGAAGUCGGACAAGACACACCUACAGGAAGAAUCUCCAGGGAUAGAGUUGAAUCACCUAUGGAAACACAGUGGCAACGGGUAGUGAAGGGGGAGUCAGAGGAAUCGGACACAAACUCAGUCCCAGGUGAAACUCAGCAGCCAGACCUUACAGUGACCUCCCAAGUGCCAUCAAAGUCAUCGGUUGAUAUUUUUGCUGUCGGCCCACUGAGCCAACUCGUUUACGAUGGAAUCCUGGAGAAGUCCUGCAACUCCAUAGCAGCAACCCCAAUGAACCUUUCUGCCUCGACUCCUAAUCUCCCCCAGUGCUUCCCCAGGCUUCCGGCAGAGUCUGAGUCAACACUUACACCGGCCAGAGUUACCUUCCAAACCCCUCCAUCCACCUCUUCUGAAGCUAAAGAUGACAGAAACAAAGAUAAAGAAAAAAGCAGGAAAUCCUUGAAGCUGAAAAAUCUUUUUAAAAAGAAAAAUGAGGCGAUGACAGAGAAGAUUCAAAGUGGUCUCCAGAAACUCUAACCAAUAAUUUUGCUUUCUGUUUUCAAUAUAAAGACUUUUUUGUGGUUAAAAUGUAUCAACAUAGUCUAUGGUAGAAUCAAUGAUGUUUAAAUAAUGCUGCAUUUCUAUGUUACACAUAUACUUUAACCAUCAAAUUAAUUAAAAGCUCCUAUUUAGACUUUAAGACCAGGUAGGAGAUACAGUAUUACCUACUUUUCUCAAAAAUAUGUCUUAUAUUGUGAGUGUAGGUAUUAAUUUAUUGCAAUCUACCGGUUAUCAUUUCACUUAUAUCGAAAAUAUGAUUUUGUCUUUUCCCCAAAAAUGGACUACUAAAAGAGGUGUUUUAUCCAUCCAUCCAUCUUCCUCCGCUUGUCCGAGGUUAGGUCUCAGGGGUGGCAGCCUGCAGAAAAGCCCAGUCUUGUCUCUCCCCGGCUAUUUUGUCCAGCUCCUCCCGGCGGAUCCCGAGACAUUCCCAUGCCAGCUAAGAGACAUAGUCUCUCCAAUGUGUCCUGAGUCUUCUCUGUGACCUCCCAUCAGGCAGACGUGCCUUGAAACACCUCCUUAGAGAGUCGUUUGGGAAGCAUCCUGACCAGAUGCAUCUCAUCCGGCUCCUCACCUCUAAGGAAGUGCCCAGCCACACUACGGAGAGUAUGGUUGUUUGUCUAUAUGUGCCCUGCCAUUGGCUGGCAACCAGUCCGCCUCUCUUCCGAAGACAGCUGGGAUAGGCUCCAGCAUACCCACCACCCCAGUGAGGAUAAGCGGCAUAGAAAAUGCAUGGAUGGGUUAUUUGGUGCUUAAGCACAAACAACAGUCAGAAGCAGUGCCCCCACCCAAAGGCAGAGGGAAACAACUCUCUUGUUUACCAGGUUAAAAACAAUAAUUUCCUCUCACUGUUGGCAGUACCUCUUGAGAGGACUGGUUCCAGAGCCAUUGAGCAUUGAGGUGAGUUUGUUCCACAUUCCAUUUACCAAUGGCGGUCCUUGGCUGCAGAAACCUCGGAUGGGACCACCAAAGUCCCUUACCUUUGGUUGCCCCCCGACCCCUUUCGCCCCCCUCCCAUGAGUGGUGAGCUCAUUUGUGCAGGGACCCAAGUUCCCUCUUCGAUCUGUACCCAUUGUUGUAGACCUGGCCACCAGGUAAUCCACAUCUAGGCUAUGAAAAUCUUGAUCCAGUUUUACUCAUCAUAGGGGUCAAUUUGAGUUACGUUUUGUCUUGUCCCUCAUCUAGGAGCUGUAAACUGUUAACUCCUCUACCACGAUAAGGUAGGAAGUAGCUCAGGAGGAGGUGUUUUACGUAUAUAUGAGCCAUGGUUGUGAUUGAUCUUUGUCUUGCUCCUGGCUCUUACAUAUAUUGGUUAUUAGAAAGAGUCAGAUACCUGUACAUUUUAUUUGUAUUUUUAUUGUUAUUGC